AUGCCUGUCACCAAGUGCCCCAAGAAGGCGCAGCCGCUGUGGAAGGAGUGGGACCGCAAGGCACAGAAGAACGGCCUGAGGCACCAGGUGUUUGCUGUCAACGGUGACCGCUACCUGGGCGAGUGGAAGGACAACCUGAAACACGGCAAAGGAACCCAAGUUUGGAAGAAAGGAGUCAUUUAUGAGGGGGACUGGAAGUUUGGGAAGCGAGACGGCUACGGGACGCUCAGCUAUCUGGAUGCGGAGACGGGCAAGUACAGGAAAGUCUACUCAGGCUGGUGGAAAGGUGACAGGAAAUCGGGCUACGGCGUCCAGUACUUCGGGCCCAAGGAGUACUACGAGGGCGAGUGGAGCGGCAGCCAGCGCAGCGGGUGGGGCCGCAUGUACUACGCCAGCGGAGACAUCUACGAGGGCCAGUGGCUGCGCGACAGGCCCCACGGGGAGGGCAUGCUGCGGCUGAAAAACGGGAACCGCUACGAGGGCGAGUGGCAGCAGGGCAUGAAGAACGGGCAGGGCCGCUUCUUCCACCUGGACCGCGGGCAGCUGUUCGAAGGCUUCUGGCAGGACGACGUGGCCAAGUGCGGCACCAUGACCGACUACGGCCGCGACGAAGCCCCCAAGCCCACGCAGUUCCCCAUCCCUGAGAUCAAACUUCUGGACCCCGACGGUGUUUUGGAGGAAGCCCUGGCCAGGUUUGCAAGGACACAGGAAGGCGACCAUGACUCAGAGGUGUAG